GUCACCGAGAAAAGACUGGUCACAGUGAAACACAGUAACUGUUUCGCAGGGUCUGUACGAACAUUAGAAUCAAAGCGUAAGAAGGAGAAGAUGCACAAGAGUGAGAAAGAAGAGUACGGAGUCCGGAAAUUGGAGAUCUCAGACAAGGGGAAGGGUUUCAUCGACUUACUGCACCAACUCAGCGUCUGCGAUUCCGUCUCCGACAAGGAAUUCGAGGAUCGAUUUCGCGACCUCGCUGCUCUCGGAGAUGACCACGUCAUCGGCGUCAUCGAGGAUGAGGCUUCGGGAAGGAUCGUUGCGACGGGGAGCGUGUUCAUCGAGAAGAAGUUUUUGAGGAAUUGCGGGAAAGUAGGGCACAUUGAGGACGUUGUAGUGGAUUCGAGCGUUCGGGGGAAGCAAUUGGGGAAGAGAAUCGUGAACUUCCUCACGGAACAUGCUCGUUCGGUGGGAUGCUAUAAGGUGAUUCUCGAUUGCAGCGUCGAGAACAAAGCGUUCUACGAGAAAUGUGGCUUUCAGGAAAAAUCGGUUCAGAUGGCGAUGUAUUUUGCUUGAUCAACAGUUUUUUCCCAAUUUUCGCCUGCGAAUUUAUUUAUCAUCUCGUUCCAUACUUUGUUAAGUUGUUGCGAGUACAUUAUUCGUUUUGCUUCACUUUUCUGUGUUUA